AUGUCCGCGAGUCCGGACAACUCAACAGUCGCAGGGCUGAAGUCGCCGGAUUUGCAUUCCUUGGAGCCACCCGACGGUCGCAUUGCGCACACGUUAACCGCCUGCACAAGGUGUCGACAGAGAAAGUCCAGGUGCGAUCCUGGUAUUCCACGAUGUGCACCCUGUGAACGAAGCAAUGCCAAGUGUGUAUACUACGACUCGACACGAGACUCCACGAUACCACGGACCUACAUCGUGUCGCUAAGAGAGAAAGCCCGGUCGCUCGAGAGAGAGCUCGCCCAGGCCCAGAAAGAGAUACAACAUGCUGCUGAUGCAGAGUUGAUGGUGCGGGGCGCCGGGCGCAUACGAUUUAAAGAGAACGACGAGGCUAGAUAUCUUGGUCCUUCAAGUGGCAUCGCCAUGACUCGCUUGGUCAUGGAGAUGGCCAAGCAGAAUACAGAUUCGAAAAGCAUCAAGGAUGUUGUCCCCGAGUUUACCGCCCAAGAGAUUAAAGACGCCUUUGCGCAAGAAGACUCGAAACCUACCUCCAAAAUAUAUCCAAUGAUCAGUUCUAUCCCACAGGCGAACUUACCUCCACGGAACCUGACAUACAAGUUGAUUGAUCUCUUUGUUGCGAAAUCACAAGCACUCCUCCCAACCUUACACGAGCCCACAUUCAGGCAAGAGGUAGAAGAGGUCUUCAAUGGCUCCACGGAUCCUUGUCAAAAUUUCCAGUUACGGAUGGUUAUCGCCAUUAGCAUGCAGAAACUCAGUACUGAAUACGCUGGCCUCGCUGAUAGUUAUUAUCUGGCGGCCUUACCCUAUCUUGAACCCACUCUGAAACGAAUGGAUGUUAGGGCUCUGCAAUGCCUCGUGCUUAUCGCAUCCUAUUCGAUGUUAACACCAACUCGAACUGCUGCAUACUGGGUCGUGGGGACAGCGGCCAAACUUUGUCAAGACUUGGGAUUGACCGAAGAAGUUACCGUGACAAAAUCUCCUUGUGGACAGCCUUUGAACCCCCUCGAGAUCGAUAUGCGAAGAAGGCUAUUUUGGAUUGUUUCAUCCAUGGAGUUGGGGCUUUCCCACAGCCUGGGUCGUUGCAACAGCUACAGUGUCAGUCAUGAUCACAUCAAUGUCAAGUUCUUCGAUCUUGUGGAUGACCGAUACAUCACCACCGAGGGCAUCACCCCAGGCGCGAAACCCGUUCUGGCAAAGUGCAUUGCAGUUCACUUUUUCAAGAUGCGAUUACUCCAAUUAGAAGGCAGGCGAACGCUCUAUUUGAACCGACGAGAGACUCCAGUUGACGAUCAGGACCCAUGGUACUCUCAAAUGUUAGCCAAACUCGAUCACUGGAUGGCUACUUGUCCAAAGAAUGACGAUGGCAGUGGAUUAAAUGUGAAGUGGUUCCAAGGAAGGCGAAACACAAUUGUCAUUCUCAUGUACAGACCAUCGCCUCAGAUUCCUGAACCCAGCGUCAAUGCUGCAAAAACAUGCUACGAAGCAGCCAUUUUCAACAUUUCUAUGCACCGAGAACAGAUGCUCACUGGGUCUGUCGACCUGACGUGGGUCUUUGUGCAAGCUCUAUUCAUGGCCUUGAAUACUGUCCUCUGGACUCUCUCCUACCCUGAGAUUCGAAAAGAGCACACCAUCGAUGAAGUCCAAACCCACCUUGAUAUGGCACUUGAAGUGAUAGUCUACUCCGCCGAACGAUGGCCCGGAGUCCAGUCCGCUUUGCUUCUCUAUAAACGCCUUGUUGCGGCAUGUUUGAAAGCUUACAGCACGGAAGAGUCAUUUGUUGUGCACUCACCCUCUAACCAUCCUACUCCAACUUCUUCGCAAGGGGUCACGACUCCGCCGGCCAUGUCAAGUCCAUCAAGCAGUACGACUGCUUCCUAUUAUUCUCAUAAUCAUCGCGGAGGAAACCUAUCAAUCGGCGAUACUGCCUCUAGUGGUACUUACUCCCGGGGACAAUCUACCGAUCCUAGUUUCUCGCAGGAGCCCACCCCACCGGCGAUGGCUCCGGUGCCUCCUGAGCCAUUUAAGCAACCACCAAUACCAUCCGUCUCCGCUGCCCUUGGAAUGCCACCCCCUUCCGCCCCGACACAACAUUAUACAUCAGAUUCUUAUGUUGGCCCAACCUCGCUAUACCCCGAUAUAUCCAUUGACCCCAAUACUCCUUAUAACUCAAUUCCUUCUGUCGUUCCCGGGUUACAAGGGUGGGACCCUAACUUUUCACUGGCGUCUACAACCGCGGGUCAUUUGGCAUACGUUGAUGCGUCUGUCGAUCCCAUGAACUGGACGACAUCUAUUGGAGAUCAAUACUCGCAGUAUUUCAAUGAGCCAUUCCCGGUGCCUUCCUGGCGCGAACGAACCCUCAGCCAGCAAGAGCAAAUCGAGCUUUUGGCAUCUCUUGAGCACGAUAUACCCGAUGUAUCUGCCCAAUUGGUGAAUGAGUACAAUGCUUUCUAUCAGUCAUAA